UCCGUAGCGCGCGCAUCGUGGUGAAAGCGAAGUGGAACAUAGGCGUCGUAGUAAAAGCCAAGUGAAACGUAACCGUGUGACCGCGACGUAACGAGAGAACGGACAAAUCCGCAGACUAGAUUCGAUAUUCGAUAGCGUUAAUCGGUAGCGACAAUGUCGGAAGCAAAGACGAAGCCCAUGCUCCUGCUCCUGCUGGCCAUUGUCCUGCCCGGCCAGCGGUUGACCUUUGUGGCCGGCGGCUCCUGUCGCGAGGCUCAGCUGUGCUGCAAUGGCCGCGACUCGUCCUGCGUGGUCCAGAAGGCACCAAUAAAUGCCAUCAUCGAGGAUCUCAGCGAUAAGCCCUGCUACUGCGAUCAUGCCUGCCUCAAGCUGGGCGACUGCUGCGAUGACUUCAAGGAUCAUUGUGGAGUGCUGGACUGCCAGGUGGGCGACUGGGGACCCUGGAGCGAAUGCGACAAGAGCUGCGGCACUGGCAUGAUGACCCGCAACCGGCAGAUCCUGCAGGCGGCCCAAAAUGGUGGCAAGCACUGCCCCACGUUGCAACAAAAGCGAGGAUGCCAGGGCUACCGCUGCCAUGGACAUCGCGACAAGAAAAUACUGCGCGAAAUGGCCUUGCUUCUCCCCGCCGCCCUUUCCCACAACCGUCAUGCCAACGAUAGCAGCGAUAUCCGGCGGAAUCUGCGCACGCGCUACCGCGACUCCUACAAGCACAACCGAGAUCAUGAAUAUUGCGUGGAGUUCGAGGUGCUCAAGGCCUCCAAGGCCUGCCACAAGCUGCCGCCCUACAAUCUAAUGAUGGAGGGCGAUCGCAUCACCGUACGCUGUGACCUCGAGGCUUUGAUUCAGGACACUGCCACCGUUAGCUCCACCACUGCCAGGAUACCGCAGAGUCCCAUAACCACCAGCAGCACCAGCUCGGGCCAGGAGGAGGACCAGCAGGAGCGGGACAAUAGCAGUGCCAGCGAUGAGGACAUGACCGGCCACAAUAACAACGACGAUGAGGCCGAGGAGGACGAAGAGGAGGAGGAUCUGCAAAAUACCCUGGACACGGGCAGCAAUGAGAGCUACGAGUAUCGAAACCACCAGCGUCAGCAGCAACAGCUUCCUGCCUCCCAGUUCCAGACGCACCACCGACCGUCAGCUGCUGGUGGAACCAAGCGGAGUGGCGGUGUCCCAGUGACGCCACCGCCAACGCUGUCGCCCAGCUAUCACUGCCGCGGCGAGGGCCUGGCCGGACGCACGACGCGCUGGAGCGCUCUGGCGGCGCCCUCCUGUCGCGGCAAGUGGCUCCGGCUGACCGUGGGACCGCCGAAGAAAUGCAACCACGCCCAGUUCAUCUUCGUCUAAGGCAACUGCGGCUGGAUACGAUCUAUUUUUUUGUCCUCAUGUCCCCGCAAACACACACAGAGCAGAGCAGGGCAGCGUCAUCAUAUCAUCGUAUAUCAUAUCCCAAGUCCAGUCCAUGCUCCCCUCCGCCCCCCGUCACCAGUCCGGCACAGACACACCCACACCCAGACACAAGUACUCCAUCGUAUGUAAGCGUUUAAUCAUUAAGCCAGUGGAUUAAGAGCCAGUAAAGCCUGAGAGUGUGAGAGGUAUGUGUAAUUUUUUUUUUUGUGUCUCGCCAGAGGAGCGAUCCGGAGGAACCAUCGAUGGAUGGAUACUCCUCCGGUCAGCUAUGCUCCUCUAAGUAGCUUAGGAAAACCCAGCCAGCGUGGUUCCAUGGAGCAUCUCUCAAGCCGGGGUCAUUCUUUGGAUCGGAUAAUACUAGAAACUAGAGACUAAGUCAUCAAGACCGCAUUACAUCGGGCUGCAUAGCGAAAUAACCUUUCUCUAUAUAUAUUUACAAUAUAUAUAUGGAUGUGUAUGAGUGUAUCUGUAUCUGUAUCUGUAUCCGUCUAAUCGUUAGUUCAGUCUUCGACCUACACACAGACACACACCCCCAAAAAAUACACAACACACAUGUGGUUGAGGGUACAAAGUAGUACGCCCAAUUCCAAGUCCAAGUCCAAGUCCCCCACUCCUCCUCCAAGUAAAUCCCCAAACCGACAACGGAUCACCCCCUGGAGUCGGAAUUAACGUUUGGAUCUUAGCAUUAAUCUGGAUUUUAGGUACACACACGAAUGUCGAAAUAAUAAUUAAAAUUAUAAUUAAACCAA